UUUUACACCUUUCUGGCUCCAUUGGCUUUCCCCAAAGUCCAUAUCCAUCUAUAUAUAUUUGCACAAUUGUUCAACUAUCCUUAUCUCUCUCUCUCUCUCUCUCACCACUAAGUUUAUUAGUAUUAUUAUCACUAGCUACCUGCUAUCAAAGCAUCACAAAUGGCUUCUACAGACAAGCCUGGCGGCGACCCUGAAUACAGAACAUCUUCAACUCCAGCUCCUGCUGGUGUUGAUUACUUUAAAUUUGAUGUCAUCCUAAGGUUUCUGUUGUUUGCAGCAUCACUGGUAGCUGUUGUGGUGAUCGUCACUGCUAAUCAAACAGAGGUUAUUCGUGUUCCACAGCCUGUGCCAUGGCCAGCCAAGUUCAGAUACUCACCAGCCUUUGUUUAUUUUGUAGCUGCAUUGUCCGUUACUGGCCUCUACAGUAUCAUUACAACACUUGCAUCACUCUUUGCCAGUAACAAGCCAGCCCUCAAAACCAAGUUGCUCCUCUACUUUAUCUUAUGGGAUGCGCUGAUAUUGGGGAUAAUAGCCUCAGCAACAGGCACAGCUGGGGGUGUAGCAUAUUUGGGUUUGAAGGGAAACAGACACGUGGUGGGUUGGAAUAAAAUUUGCCAUGUUUACGACAAGUUCUGUAGGCAUGUUGGUGCCUCCAUAGCAGUGGCUUUGUUUGGAAGCGUUGUGACAGUCUUGCUCAUUUGGCUUUCAGCUUACAGCAUUCAUAGCCGAGUCCCCAAGUAGAUGGAAGGAACAUGGAUCAUGCAUUCUGCAUAUUUAUGCAUACAUCUUCAUUUAUUGUUUAUAAAGUUAGUGUGCUCAGUAAUUGUUAAGAGUGUGUAGAUGACUUAAUGUGUUGCUUCAGUUGUGUUGACUGUUUUUUGUAAAUCAGUGUUUUCCCCUCCAAGGACCUAAUUUGUACUAUUUUACAAGACAUUUGUGCCAUAAAUUGAAAUUUGUAAUUAUAUAUGUUCCCACAAAAAUAAUAUUGAAUACCAUGUUAUUGAUGCAUUAAA